AUGGCCGCCGCGGCGCUGCAGGCGCUGCUGCGGAUGCCGCUCUGGGGCGGCGGCUUCCUGCCCGCCUUUGUGCAGCUCGUCACCUUCUACUACCUGCUGGGCCUCGUGCUGCACUGCGUGGUGCCGCGGCUGUUUGUGGUGCAAGGCAUCCAAAAGGAGCCGCGAGGGGAGGGCGAACCGUUGAGAGACGCAAUCGCGAGCAUUGGUCCCUUGGCCGUGAAGGCCUUUUAUUGGGCCAUCGUCGAUCACAUGUACGCGUCGGGCAUUGGGCAGCUGUACAGCGGCCCCGUCACCGGCGCCCGUCACUGGGGUUACAUCGCGCUGUGCAUUUGCGUCAUGGACUAUUUGCAUGACUCGUGGUUUUACUGGACGCACCGGCUGCUGCACUGGCGGCCGCUGUACCGAUGGGUGCACUGGGAGCACCACAGCGCGUUCACCGGCUAUGCCUUCCACGUGGCCGAGGCGCUGCUGGUCUUCGCCAACGAGCUGCUGCUGCCCCUGAUGUUCCCCAUCCACAUGGGGCUGCACCGCAUAUACCACCUGCUGACAACCCUCAUCCACGAAGCCGGCCACGCCGGGUACGAGCUGUCCCCCUUCAUCCCCACGAUUGAGGGCCUCGUGUCGGUGCUGGUGGCGGGGCCGCGGGGCUGUCUCUACUUCACCCACUGGGACCGCCUGUGCGGCACAAUGCACCCCUGCUACGACGCCCAGCUGUUCCGCUACUUCAAAUGA